UAACAAGCUAAAAAUUCCUGGAUCCACCAUCGCAAAUGUUCGCGCAACUUUUCGACUCGGCCAAACGGAUCUUGAAUCCCGCGUCCCCUGCCCAAGAACAACCUGAGGAGACGGCAGAACCAAAGCUUCGACGCCACAUCGAUAUCACAAUGGUGGUGACACGGCGAGGCGCAGGGACGGAUACUCCGCGCUCGGAGACGGCGACACCGCGGAGCUCGAGCAGGAAACGCAUCGGGAAGAGGGAGUUGGAGGGGCUGGAGACGCCGACAAUCUCGGCGGCUAAGAGGCAGAAGAAGGUUGCGCCACAGAAGAAGGAAAUCGAAGAGACACCAGAGCCAGACGCACCUUCGCCCGAAGUCGCAGGGGAGAGCUCAGACACCAUCGACGUCGCCGUCCCCGAGCUGGACUUUUCAGAGGCAGACAAGCUCCCCAUCCGUCGCCGCGCAGGGAGCCCUAGGGUUGUCGUCGCUCACAAGCCCUCGCCGCCUGUGGAGGACAGCGUUGCGGACUUGCACGACGACGAGGAAGCCACGCCCACGCAGGAUAAUGCCUUCCACACGCCAGAACAACAGGCUAGCUCCGUGUACGCGACGCCAGCCACGAGGAGGAAGCAGGAGGCAUCGCCCACGCCAAAAGUCAAAUCGACCAAGGACCGAACACCUGCCUCAGCGAAGAAGAGCGGGCGCAAGACGAAGCCAGACGAGACCACGCCAAGAGCACUGAAAUUCGUCGACGAGAUCCCGUCAUCCACACAGGAGAGCGAACAAACCCCCAUCGCCUCUCAAAGUGCUCCAACGACUGCAUCACCCUUGAAAAAGGCACACGUGCGCUUCGGCAGCGAGGAACCCCAAGUAGACCUCGCGCUCCUCGCAGCCCUCCAGCCCACACCAGCACAACCAGAAAUGAACGACGGCGACGACUCGGCCAGCGACUCGGACGAAGCCCCCGACGUAGUCACCACCGCGUCCGCCGCCUCGAAGCUCAAGCUCGCCGAAGCAGACGCAGCCCGCGCCCGCGCCCGCGCCCUGCAAGUCCAGCAAGAAAAAGAGCGCUCGCAGCGCACAGCCCGCGAGCAGCGCCUGGCCUCUGAGCGCGCCGAGAAGCUCAAGCGCGAGGAGAAGAAAGCAGCCAAACUCGCAAAAGCACUCGCCAAGCAAACCCAGCACUCCUCAUCCGCUUCCGCCCAAGCCCCCACCACCCCCCUAGACCCACACAACCUCCCCGCCCUCCUCCCCGACGCCCUCCUCUCCGCAAUCGACCACGCCCGACCCCCCACCCCGCCCCCCGAGCGCCACGCAAAAACAGACGAACAGCGCCGCAAGGAGAAACUGAACCACCACAUCAAGUUCCUCGAGCGCGGCGACACGCUGCCCAAGGAUGUGCGGAAGGGGAAGCUGAGUGUUGCCGUGCUGCGCGGGCAGAAUAAGGUGCUGCCGCCAAAGGCGAAUAGGGAUUCGCGGAAUGUGAGGGAGCAUUGGUUGAAGGGGAGGAAGGUGGAGAAGAGGAAGGGUGGGAAGGCGAAUUUUCUGCAUAGCAGGGUGGAGAGGAGGGCGCAUGGUGGGGGGAGUAGGGGGUUUUUGAGGGGGGAGGAUUAG